AUGUUUCAUAGACGCCGCCAUUUACGUCGUAGUUGUAUUCUAUGUGUUGUAUUAUCCUUAUUGAUAUUUACAAUCUAUUCUGCCUUUUUUUCUACUUUUUCAUUUGCACCAAACUUGUCAAACAGCACACAAUCACCAGUGUUUGCGUCGGCACGAACUGUUUCUUCACAGAGUACUCUAAGGAAUGGGAGCAUACCAGAUAUAUUUGAAUUGUCGUUAUGGCGUCUUAUUCUGACGGGUGGCAAAGGUAAUCAGACUCUAUGCGAAACUCCUUCUCAAUAUCGUUCUAUUGUUAAUGCUUACUGUCGAGCACACAAUAGAGAAAAUUGUUCUAUGAUUCCAUGUACUCUUAUUUAUCUUACUGAUGAAUUUACAACAAAUAUCGAAUGUCUUCGUGGUGGAAAAUUUGCUACUGGAAUACAACCGGAUUGGGUGUGUCGAAAAAGCCCAGCAUUAGAAUUAUUUUCUAAUUCGAAUCGAAAACCAUCGAUAUGUGCUGAAGCAUAUACUACAUUAACCGCUGAAUUAUAUGGUCAAGCAUUAGCACCAUAUCGUGAUGAAGAAACAUCCAAGUGGGGUUUAACAUUGGAAGGUGAAUCGAUAGGAUAUUAUCCUUCUGUUGCGAGUAAAAAACGAGUUUUAUCAUUGUUUGAUAUUUCUCUUGGAUAUGAUCGACGAUUUUUUGAUCUUAUUACGGAUAAACAUUUAACUGAUUAUGUAAAUAAAAUUACCAAUAAACACAAUCAACGGUUAACAAUCAACCAAAUUCUUAGAAAAAAAGUUAAAGAACGAGCACCUAUUCUGUGGAUAAAUAGCAAUUGUGAUACUCCAUCAAAUCGUACUGCAUAUAUGCUUGAAUUAAUGCGUUAUAUUUCUGUUGAUGUUCGUGGUAAAUGUGGAAAUCCGUCUUGGAAUCAAUCAUCUACUCUAUCGGAUCCUAAAUAUUUUGCUAUAGAAAAAACAACUCUUGCUAGUGAAUAUCUGUUUACUAUAGCCAUUGAAAAUAGUUUAGAAUAUGAUUAUGUUACGGAAAAAUUAUGGCAACCAUUGGCUGCUGGAAGUGUUCCUCUUUAUUUAGGUGCACCAAAUAUUGAUGAAUGGCUUCCCUGUUAUGAUUAUUCAUGUAUUAUUAAUUUGAGAAAUUUUACAUCAGUUGAAGAUGUUGCUAAUUUAAUUCGCAGUCUUACACGAAAUAGAACACGUUAUAUUGAGUAUCAUCAAUGGAGACGUGAAAAACAUGUCAGACCAAGUUUUAUUACUAUGACUGAUUAUUUUCAAGAAGCAAAUAAACAUUCAAUCGAAUGUCUUAUUUGUGAUAUGGUUCAUCGAAAUGAUCACGGUACAACUAGACGAAAAUUAUUGGCAGCUAAUAAUCCAUUCAAUGAUACAUUUCCUUCUUUAUCUUAA